AUGGCCCUCCUAAUUCCAUCCCCUGAAACAUUGACAACCCCCGUCCUCACCGGUGCCUGUUUCUUGUUCAUGUUCCUUUUCAUGUUCCAAUCGAUGUUCAUGAAGAGAAAAGGCGCUGCACCUCAGCCCCCUAUGCCUACAGGAUGGUUGCCAGUUAUUGGCCACCUGCACCUCCUCUCCUCCAAACCUCAAGUUCUUAAGGCAACCUUCUCACGCUGGCAUGAAGAGUAUGACCCUGUACUCAUGCUCCAGCUGGGGCUGCUUGUGAGCAGCUGGGAGAUGGCCAAGGAGUGUUUCACCACCAACGACCUCGCCUUCAGCAACCGGCCGCUCUCUGCCGCCGCCAAGUACCUGGAAAGUUCGAUGAUGACUGCUGCAAAGGACAGUACUACAGCGGCAAUGAUCCGAACCAUGUACUUGCUGCUACUUCAUCCCAAUGCAAAGAGAGACUCGUAAAUGAGUCCGACCUUAAGAACUUGGUGUAUUUGCAAGCAGCCUUCAAGGAAAGCCUACGCAUAGGCCCACCUACGCCUCUGCUAGCACUGCGAGAGUCCAUAGAGGAUUGCCAGGUCGGCGGGUUCUGUGUUCCAGCUAGCACUAGGCUAAUAGUCAACUUGUAGAAGAUACAUCAUGAUCUGCGGGUUUGGACUGACCCAGACGAGUUUCAACCUGAGCGGUUUAUAGGAAGUAACGUGGACGUGCAUGGGAAGCACUUCCAGCUUCUCCCAUUCGGAUCGGGUCGGAGGAUCUGCCCAGGCAUCUCAUUCGCGCUCAGCAUAGUGCACAUUGCCCUUGCCCGUCUGCUCCAAAGCUUUGACAUGAAGCUCCUUCCAGCCGACUCCUCAUUUGAUGAUGAUAAUCCGAUCGGGCAUGGCACCAUCUUAAAUGUGCUAUUGGCCCCGCCCCGCAUAUGCCGCAAGCAUUGUAUGGCUAAGGAGUAGUUUGACAACAGAAAAAUUUUGGUGCUGUUCUAUGAACAUGCUUAAAAGAAUCAAAUAAUUCAUAAAUAUCAUUAUAAAUGCGUUAUGAAUCUGCUUCAUUUUUUUGAACCGAUUCAUGGGAUAGUAACAAUAUAUUGCUGUUGUCAGACUUGUGAGGAUCACAACAUUAUUGGGCUUUACUUGGAAGUUCAUUGUA